GACAGUUAUGAAAUAAAACAAGGAAGUUGAUGGGGACCACUCGAUAGAUAUAUAAAAUAACGAAAUGCGGGCUACUUCACAAAACGUGUAGUCGUCAGAAUGACUGGAGAAGAAAUGAACUCUUCCAUUUCCAACUUAACAGAGUCGAAAGUAUGGGAGUCCGCUGUACCUCCUGCUAUGCAGUUUGCGUUAGGUGUGAUUGGGAAUCUAAUCGCUCUUAUAGUUUUAGUCACGUCUGCAAAAUCUCAUAAAUGGAGACCGUUUUAUAGAUUGGUUGGAGGACUGGCUGUGACAGACGGAGGGGGAAUUCUGUUGGUGUACCCCACGGUGAUGGUCAGAUAUGCCUCAGACUUCAUGUAUGAUUUUCCAAAACAUCUCUGCAACUACAGUUCCUUUAUUUAUACAUUUACAUUGAUUUCCUCGGCCAUGAUUGUGUGUGCAAUGUCUUUCGACCGUUUCAUGGCGAUUCUGUAUCCGUUUGAGUAUAACAGUGACUGGAAAGAACGGCGAACCAACUUAAUGUUAGUCUGCAUAUGGAUUGCUGGAGCCUUCAUUUCAAGUCUUCAGCUGAUGGGACUAGGUUCCAGCUUUAACUAUUACCCUGGAUCUUGGUGCUUUUUAAACUUUGUUGGAACAUCCACAUUGGACAGAACAAAUUCUUACAUCUACUCGUUGAUAGGAAUUACCAUUUUACUGGUGACCAUUACAUUGAACUUGAUAGUGAUCGUAUCUGUCUGCAGAGGAAUGAAAUCAGAUAUCAAACUUUCAGCAAAACGAAGAAGGAAAAAUGACAUUUUCAUCAUCAUUUUCCUGAUGAUAAUCGUGACUGUGUUUAGUCUCUGCUGGACUCCUCUUAUGUUCACGAUACUUGGUCAUGCGGGGAGAUGGAUUCAUGGAAACGGAGCAAAAGAACUGUUAGUGCUGAGAUUUGCGGUAACCAAUUCCAUCAUAGAUCCCUGGAUCUACAUACUACUGAGAAAGGAAACAUUUCUCUCCAUUCAGAAGUGCAGCAAAGGUGUCUGCGGCAAAUUCGAUCUUGUAACAGAAUCUAGCGCCCCUGAAUCUACACCUGGUAAAAGCAAUAAUUACAGCAAAAGUUGGGAGAAAACAUGCUCGACGGAUGAUCCGCCGGCAGUUACUGUUUAGGGAUGAUCCGCCGGCAGUUACUGUUUAGAGAAAUCCAAAAUGGCAUACGAAAAACUUCUAAUUUCGUUACUACAUCUAUUUGUUGUUGUUGGGUUUUUUUAAUGUUUAUAUGCAGUAAGGAGUGAAACACGACAUUGUUGCAAAUAUUUCUGCAUAUUCAGUUGAGUUUUGUAUAUUGUUUUACAUGGUUCAUUGUUCGUGUAUAUACAAUAAAACAUUUUCUUACAACUA